UUCAUUCUUAUCCCUUCCAUGCCGCGUCAUAAGAUGUUAUCAUCCAAUGUCAUAGUUCACUCCACAAUAUGUCGACUCGUGUUUUGUCUGUGUUUAUUAUAUUAAUUAAUAUUAUUUACUGUGCUGCAAAUGGUAUUUUUGGAGCGAUUUUGUACUCUGAUUGGAUAAAAUGUGACCACACCAAAGUUUUUAAUCUCAAUGUGGACGACACCCAGGUCUUCUUCUACGACUUCCAGAACAACUACAAUCUAACCAGCAAAAUCGAUUUAGCCAGCCAUGUCAUUACCAGCACAUACAACCUGGAUACCACCAGGAAACUGAUAGUCUUCGUGCCAGGGUACAAGUCUCACAUCAGCAGGUCUGCUGCGGAAAUCGUAAGGACAGCAUUCAAAGAUAUUCCUAACAUUUAUCUCAUGAUUUUGGACCAUUCGGAGUACACCUCCUCAAAAGGGGGCAGAAUCAAGAGUUAUGAACGCGCUGUUUUACAUGCCUAUUACAUUGGCAGAGCUCUUGGCAAUCUGCUGGUGGAGUUCAGAAGUAAGGGUAUUCUGCCUGCCAAUAUGCAACUUCUCGGACACAGUUUGGGAGCCCAUAUGAUAGGGUAUGCUGCAGAAACGUAUACAGACAGGACGGGGGAGACGAUAUCAAGGCUGACUGGUAUAGAUCCGGCUGGUCCAUGCUUUUCCAAUGAUUUCAUUGAAAACCAACUUCGUAAGGGUUUAGCGGACUACGUCGAGGUUUACCACUGCAACGCUGGCGGUUUGGGCUCGACCAGCGUCCUGGCCGACACGGACUUCUUCAUCAACAACGGCCGCGUCCAACGCGAAUGCUCCACCUGGCUGGACAUAUCAGACUCGGCGAAGUGUAGCCACAAAGCCUGUCUCAAGUACUGGGCGGAGACGGUCAACAAUCCGAAGUAUUAUUUGGCCUGGGCCUGCGAUUCUUACGAAGACUUCUCCGGCGGAAAGUGCUCGGGUAACAAAGUGACUAUCGGAGGGUAUUCGAACCCCGGAAACGAGACGGGAGUAUUCUAUAUAUCGACGGAUAUGUAUCGAUUGAGAAAACUGUAACAGCCAAGGUGGUUCGUAUGGAGCGCUCACACAAAAAAAUAUACAAGUUGGAAGGGCAUUCCUGGCCGUUUGAAAACUUGUUUAAGCAUUCAGCAUUAUUUUUAGAGGCAUGCGGUAGGUUUAGAUCAAAAUUGUAGGUAUAAUUAAUCUUGGGGAAACUACCAUGACCUGGAAAAUAAACCAAAAGGA